CUUAGUUACGACUGUUAGAAGCUUGCGUAAGUUAGUAAUAUAUUUUAAUUUGCGCGUGUUUAUUGGUCAGGACGUAAAUCGUUUUUUCUAUCAGUUAUAAAAUGCAGGGGCUUGGGUUACAAAGUCUUAAGAAAAACCCUGCGUUGAUCCCGCUUUACGUUUGCGUGGCUGCAGGAGCAGUUGGAGCGGUUUAUUAUAUGACUCGCCUAGCUACAAGGAAUCCGGACGUUACUUGGAAUCGCUCAUCCAAUCCAGAGCCAUGGCAAGAAUAUAAAGACAAACAAUAUAAGUUUUAUUCACCCGUAAGAGAUUAUUCUAAAACAAAGAGUGCUGCUCCAAACUUUGACGAAUAAGUUUUUCAAAUGGAGAUUGUAUUAAAUUGAUUGUCAAAAUAAAUGCAUUAAUAUGCUGCCUAUUGUA